AAGCACUGUAGGUCUGGAACACAGAAGUUUUGUAAAUUCCUACUUCUCUUGGAAGACAGUUCCAAAGAGGAAUAGGAGUGGGAUGAGGCGUAACAGGAAACCAGUUGCUAAAAGCUUGAUAAUGGGAUUGGGGCUAGCCAAUAAAAAUUCCAGACAACUGGAGAAUGUUACUGAUUCAGAGUCGGAGAAGCUUAAGAUUAGAUUUCGUUUGAAUAUUUCAGGUCUGACAGUUCUAAUGGUUCAUAUCCCCGAACUGGAAGAGGCUCUGGUUCUGAUAAAUUCAUGUGGAGUGAUAGAUCUUCACAUAUGCAUGGCAGAAGCCCAGAAAGUGCUCAAUUUUCCAAUCCCUCAGCUAAUUAUUGGGAUUCUUCUAAGCGGGAGCAUCAACAUAUUUAUCACGGCCAAGCACUCUCAGAUGCUGCUGAUGUUGCAAGACCUGACCACCUCAUUACCAGGCAAUUUAUGGACUCUUACAGACCAACCCUUCGAAGGAGAUCACCAGUUGAAGGAGAUGAGUUUUACAAUAUGCAUCCAAGGAGGCUAACUUUGAAGGAUACUGUAAGAGAUAAUAGUACUGGUCGGAAUAGGUUUAGAAGAUAUCCACAAGGGGUUAGUAGAGGCAUCAGAGAUGAAUAUUUCAGGCAUGUUCCUGAUGACAGCACACAGUACAUGAGCCGCAUUCCACAUCGUUUGGACAGGAUAGAAAGAAGCAUUUCCCCCCAUGGUGGAAGACAUCAUCAUGCCGUACCUUACAAGAGAGCUCGAUCAAGAUCAAGGAGCCGCUCACCCAUUGAUUGGUUGUUGCAGAGGGAUCAAAAUGAGGAUUCAAGACGUUGCAACAGGUCACCAGAUUUUAGGUCUAAUGCUAGAAUAGAUGGGGUUACGUUUCCAUUUACAAAGCGAUUUGCUGCUGGUUAUGGAGAGUUCAUAUCCCCACCUCCGGGUCGUGCAUCACCACAGCGAAACUCCAGGAUGUUUGAGGAUUGUAAUCCUGGUUUAGACCAUUUUAGGAGACGAAAAUCGCACGUGAGGAUGCAGGACCAGAAGUUUGAUCAAGCACGCCCCAUUCUGAGAUUGAAUUCAGAUGAUUACUUCAACCCCAUGAUUCGACCUAGAAGAUUUCCUGAAAGACCUGCUGGUGGAAAAGGGUGUAAAUAUGAAGUCAGUGAUGAUGGUAAACAUGGCAGCAGAUAUGCAAUGAUUCAUCGAGUGAGGUGUUAUGAUACAGAUGGUGGAGCCCGUCGGUUUCGCUAUAAUGAAGAAGAUUCAUACAUGGCUAAGAACACUUAAACAGUGACUAAUGCCACUCGGAUCUCAUAUCAGCACCCUGAUGAUGCUGAUGCACCUAGGACAGCCAAUGAAGAUAUGUGAACAUUUUUUUUAAUGCAAUUGUGAGAGGAUUUGGCUGGAAAAGGGUGAUAUGAAAUCUUGAAGAGGUA